AUGGAUACCGCAGCUAACAGGGGGAUUGUGGUCAUCUCCGGUGGAAGCGCCGCCAACAACCUCGUCGAUGUUUUCGACACUCUACGAGAAAGCAAGGAUUGCCUGCUGAGCUAUAUCAUACCCAUCAGCGACAAUGGAGGCUCUUCCUCAGAACUCAUCAGAAUAUUCGGAGGCCCUGGAAUCGGUGAUGUUCGAAGUCGACUGGUCCGGUUGAUUCCUGACUCGCCCAUCAACUCGGAGCCCGCUUCAAAUGAAUGGCAGUCCAUCGUGGACGGCACUUCUGGCCUGUGGAAGUCCAUUGCCCCGGCUAAAAAAGAGUUAAUCCGCUCAUUCUUCAACAUGCUCAAUUUAGAGAUCUUGAAACGCGCUCGGCCACCAUCAUCAACAUUUGACUUCACUUCUGCCAGCGUGGGAAACCUGUUCUUGACAGGAGCGCGGCUCUUCAGCGGAUCCUUCGAGAGCGCCAUCUAUCUCAUUAGGCAGCAUUUGUGGAGUACAAUCAGAUGCUUCAUUGUCGGACAGAACAGUAUAUCUCAUCCUAGCGAAGUCACAGCGCUGCAGCCGGACCGUGGCUCGCGGCCCAGACGUCCUAGCUUACUGCUUGCUGAUGGCGAUGACUUGGACGAUACAGAGCCAUCUGAUAUGUCGGACGCCGUCUCAUACGAGGAAGAUCAUCUCCCUGGCUCUCUUGCCACACUCCGCAACAAGAACAUAUCUUUCAGCAAAACCGAGAACGAAGAUCUACCGAGCCGAAUCGAUCGCAUUUGGUAUAUCAACCCCUACGGUCAAGAGAUCAGGCCAGCCGCCAACCCACGUGUGCUUGAAGCGUUGAAUGACGCCCAAGCUAUUAUCUACAGUAUCGGUUCUCUCUACACCUCGAUCAUUCCCGCAAUUAUUCUCCGCGGCGUUGGCAAGAGCAUCAUGAAAAGCCCAGCACGCCACAAGAUUCUGAUUCUCAAUGGGUCGUUGGAUCGCGAAACUGGGCCGCCGUCCGAGCCCUUUGCUGCAUCUGACUUUGUUGAAGCGAUCGCGCGCGCUGGAGAGGAAAGCCGUGGACGGCGUCAUCGUAGAACCACUGAUCACGGAUCAACUACCACACCCUCCUCACCCGAGACUAUCAAACCACAUACGCCUCUGCCAUAUACCGCAUAUGUGACCCACAUUUUGCAUUUGGAUGGUCCUGGUACACCUCACGUAGACCGGGAACGGUUGGCGGACAUGGGUAUCGAGACUCUUCGUUUGUAUGGUCGGAAGAUCACAGCCAUGGGUGGCGACAAGGAAGUCGUAAUCGGCAUGAGAUACGAUUCCAAUGCUCUGAUCCAAGCUCUCGAGGUCGUCUUAGGAAAGAAAGGGGAUGCCAUGGUCCGUGGAGGUGUCGGCAGUGGUCUCGGUCGGAGGAACACACUUGAUCCUCGGCGGGAGAAGAGGGCCGGGUAA